CUCCAUUCAGGCUUCCCCGCGUUUAUUAAGAGCUCGUGGGCUCCAGCCUCUCACUCGCACUCUUCUCUGCUUAAACUCAGCUCGCGGGCGAGCUUUGCUUCCCCUCCCGCCAGCCCUGGAAAGAACUUUGUCUCUCUCCAGUAAUGCAUCUCCUUGUAAUUCUGUUUUGUGCUCUCUGGUCUGCAGCGUUGGCCGAAAACUCGGAUGAUUAUGAGCUCAUGUAUGUGAAUAUGGACAACGAAAUAUUCAAUGGACUCCAUCCCACUGAAGACCCUACGCCGUGCGACUGCAGCCGGGAGCACUCCGAGUGGGACAAGCUCUUCAUCAUGCUGGAGAACUCGCAGAUGAGGGAGAGCAUGCUGCUGCAGGCCACGGACGACGUGCUCCGCGGAGAGCUGCAGAAGUUGCGGGCGGAGCUCGGCCGGCUCUCGGGCAGCCUGGCGAGGCCGUGCGCACCCGCGGCCCCGGCGGAGGCCAGGCUGGCCCGGGCGCUGGAAGAGCUGCUGCGGGAGAGCCGCGACGCGAGCAGCAGGCUGGCGCGCCUGGAAGGCGCCGGGGCUCUGCGCCCGGAGGAGGCGGGGCGCGCCCUGGGCGCGGUGCUGGAGGAGCUGCGGCGGACCCGAGCCGACCUGCGGGCGGUGCAGGGCUGGGCGGCCCAGCGCUGGCUGCCGGCGGGUUGUGAAACAGCGAUUUUAUUCCCAAUGCGUUCCAAGAAGAUUUUUGGAAGCGUGCAUCCAAUGAGACCAAUGAAGCUUGAAUCUUUUAGUGCCUGUAUUUGGGUCAAAGCCACAGAUGUAUUAAACAAAACCAUCCUGUUUUCCUAUGGCACAAAGAGGAAUCCAUAUGAGAUCCAGCUGUACCUCAGCUACCAGUCCAUAGUGUUUGUGGUGGGUGGAGAGGAAAACAAACUGGUUGCUGAUACUGUGAUUUCUCUGGGAAAGUGGACCCACCUGUGCAGUACCUGGAAUUCAGUGGAAGGGCUCAUGUACCUAUGGGCAAAUAGUGAACUAGUGGCUACCACAGUGGAUAUGGCCACAAAUCAUGUUGUUCCUGAGGGAGGAAUCCUGCAGAUUGGCCAAGAAAAGAAUGGCUGCUGUGUGGGUGGGGGCUUUGACGAAACAUUAGCCUUUUCUGGAAGACUCACGGGCUUCAAUAUCUGGAAUUAUGUCCUCAGCAAGGAAGAGAUAAGAGAGACUGGAGGAGCAGAGUCUUGUCACAUCCGGGGAAAUGUUGUUGGGUGGGGAGUCACUGAGAUUCAGCCACAUGGAGGAGCUCAAUAUGUUUCAUAAGUGUUUUGAAACUCUACUUGAAGCCAAAGAAAGAAACUCACAUUUUAAAUAUAUGCCAGUGGGGAAAGUCUGAAAACAUCAAUGCAUAAUAAGAACACUGACUAAUGAAGGAGAGAGUUGAGAUUGGUCUUUAUUUAUCUUGGCAAAAUGCUAAAUAAAUAGUUGAAGGGAGGACAUUGGAGAAAGCUUUUGGGGAUAUUGUUACUAGACUCUAUGCCAUAGUGCUUUCAGAUUAAUGCAGUGUUUCUGUCAGAUAAACUUUCAAAUAAUUAAAAAAGACUGUAUUCUUGAACAGAAGGACAAUUGUUUUACUUUUAUUUGGUUAAUUUUGUUUUGGCCAGAGCUGAGUUUUACAUUGGAAGAAUCACAAAACAAGAUUUGUUGUCCAUUGUUCAUUCUUAUUAGUAUGUACCUUAUAAAAAAUGAUGAAAACGUAUUUAUACUACAAAGUGACUUACAAAUAUAUGUGUAGUUUAUGUGCUAUUAUCAAAAGUCACGUUUUUGAGAAGAUAGUUGUAUAAGUUAUAUUGUAAAAUGGGUUUGUAUUAAUUUUAUUUUUGUAAAGCUCUACU